AUGUCCGUUACAGAUGAGCAGUCGGGGUCAACGGUGGACGUCGGGGACAUCUUCGGCAAUGACUUUGUGGUGGAGAACGUGUUCGACUGCCUGGGCACCGAGGACCUCUUCACAUGCGCAGAGGUCAACCGCCUGUGGCAGUCGGUCGCCCUGUCUCGGCUCAAGAAGAGGCUCAUCUCCGUCUCCAUCUGUUGUACGCCGGACUCGGAGCAGCCGAUCGAGGAGCCAGCGCCAGGCAGGCUUCACGCGUGCGUGGAAAUCCUGUGCUCGAAGUUCGCUCGCUACCGAAACAUCGCGCGCCUGGCCGGCAUGAGGCCGUCGCUGGUGUUUCUAUCGUAUCACGCCGACCUGAACGAGGACCGGCAUGUGGUGGACUGCGUGCGCCAGCUACUCCCUGGGGAUUCCGUCAUCGUAUAUUUCAAGCUCGAGCUCAUCCGAACGGCCGACGACUCCGAUGACAACUCGCACGAAGGUGUCUUUGGCGAGUUUUUGUUCCACGCCGAGCCAGUCGUGCGACCUGCAGCAAGAGAUGACGGCCGACAGCAGCCACCACCGCCGGAAAGUCUUGUCACAGGCCCGUCGUCGCCUGGGCCCAGCCAGGUGCAGGGGCGCCCUUCCGAAGGCGAGCCGACGCCACCACGACCCGCGCCACCCGGUCCGGUUGCCGCUACUGCUGAUGCUGCUGCCCCAGUCGCGGCAGAACAACCCGCCGCAGCAGACGCACCCGCCGCGGCUGAAGCACCCGCCAUAGCAGAAGCACCCGACGCGGCAGUUGCACCCGCCGCUGGAUUGCCGCCGGCAGGGUUGCCUGUUACCUGGCCACGUCCCCGCAUUCCAUCGAGAGGCAGAGGCAGUGGCGCCGUCUUCCAUAACGUACUGCCCGGCGUGCUCAUGUUCCAGGCCCUGCACGUGACCGAAGGCACCCUGGAGGCUGACGUCGCCAACUCCUGCUUCAAGGAGGAAGCCACCGGCAAGGUCAUAAAGGUGACAUCGGUGGCCAUCUUCAACGCGAUGCAGAGUAGCCGGCUAGACCCUUUCAUGCGCAGCUUAGGCGAGAGCUUCGGUCCGACGACCAACACCAUUGCAGUGGCGUUCCCUCGGAACCAGGACGAGGCGCGACUCGAGCUCGAAGCCUUCGAGCGCUGCUUUCCACGAGUGCCGGCGCUGGCCAAUCAGGCCACGGAAUUCAACGUGGAUGGCCAGUUCGCGCCCAUUGGCCGCCUCAAACUCAUUCUACUGCUUAUCAAGCUGCUAGACUGAGGAGGUACGUGCAGCCGCUACUAAUUCGCAGACAUCAUGCAUGUGCUGUACACGCGAAUUUCAACGAGGAA